CACACAAAAACGCCGUUUGGAGCUCCCCUCUCGAAACAAUUUUAAUAAAUAUUUUUUCGCAUCAUUUUGCAAGGCCGUUCCAAGUUAGAAACGAAAACACAAAAAAGUUAUUUUUAUUCCAUAAAAAACAAAACCCACAAUCUAAAAAAUUGCCCAGGCAAUUUGCGUGCGAAAUGACGUCUUUCCCCCAAAAAAUAGUUCAUUAAUAAAAUACUGUGUCAAAAGUUUAAUAAAUAAAAAAGAAAACGAACAUAUAAAAACUAGGACUUGUUUUCUGUGCUUUCGCCUUACCCAGUGUUGGUUUUUUUCUUAUUUUUCUCGGUGAAAUUUUGCCUUUUUUCCUUGUGCUUAAGUUCAAUAAUCGAAAGAUAUAUGUACCUCCAGGAGAACAGGGCUCAGCCCAGGAAUCCAAUAUAAUUCGGUCUCUACUCGUUCUUUUUCAGUGUGAAAACAACAAAAUACUGAUUUUCUAAGUGCUGCGCCCAGUCGCAUCUCGCAGUGUGUUUUUUGCUUCCCCUAAAUCAAACUCAACCCAGUGCCAAGCACCCAGCACCCUGAACGCCUAAACCACAAAUGUAAACAAACUGCUAAAUGAAUGUUUUUAAUUGCAGAUCUGAUCUGACGACCUCGUCGUUGUCGUUCAAUCUAUUAGAACGAAAACAGUAGCAUUAUUUUAGUUUUAGAAUCGAUUUUGAAUUCUCACAAUAAUAAUAAGCCUUUUCCAAUCAGUGAGCGUAUCGAACGCCCUGAACUUCUUAUCUCAUCCUUAUCAAAACUCAAGCCCAAAACAACAUAUCUACCGAUUCGAUUCCGAAUGUGGAUGGUGUCAUAAAAAAAGAUCAAUUUCCUUCAAAAACAAAGAUAACGAUUGCGAGUUAAUCAGUGACGACGACCAAGACAACGACGACGACGAGACUCUUUAGGUGCGAUGAAGUGAAAGUGUUUCUAGUCGGUCUAUAUCUCUCCGGGCGGUAGAAACUCUUAUUUUCGCGCGGUAUUCCGUUUGACUAAAUGAGUAAAAAAUUACUUAGCUUAUUUCCGAAAAAGAACUUUAAGAUAAACUAUCAAUUAAUAAAAAGAUCCAGAAGCAGCAUCAGCAGCAGCAGGAAGAAUAUCAAAAUACGUUGGCGGCAAUGCGAACGAAAAAUUUAGUCCUUAUUCUUUGCUGUGUUGUGCUGACGAGUUUUAUUUUUAUAAUUCUUGGGCCAGCCGGACAACAAAAUGAUUCACUUAAAAACAUCGUCACACAAACCCAUCAGAGAUUUAAUAAAUUACAAGAAAAUCUGCGUGCAACGGAAGCGAAAAAAUUCGACAUUGAACCAAAAUAUCUUGCCAUUUUGGGAUUCAGUAAUCUUCCAACAUCACCAUCACAAACACUAUAUCCUGGACAAACCCAGCAUCAGUCAUCACAGCCAUUUACAACAAAUGCCACUCAGUUCAAUGGCACAAAAGCAAACUUUACUAUUGUUACAUAUGUUCAAGAAGGUCAGGCACCGUCCGCCAUUCUGCUAUCACAAAAUAUAGCAGCAAAAUUUCCAAAUGAAUAUCUGCUCAUCUAUGAUCUCGGUUUGUCCGAAGAUGAUUCUAGGGCUCUAUCAGCAUUUUGUAAUAGCUCGAAGUGUUCAGUAAUAAAUUAUGACCUCUCUGUUUUUCCAUCAUACGUGACGGAUCAACGGAUGCAUGCAUAUCGUCCCAUUGUGAUAAAGGACGCAUUGAUGCGUUCGAAAAAUAUCCUCUUUGCCGAAAAUUACAUUCGGAUUCGUGGAAAUAGUCGAGAUCUCUAUGACCUGCGUGCAAAGGCUGGACCUGGUGUAUUGGGAUGGACAACACCAAAGGCUGUGUCCACACGGACGCAUCCAAAAAUGUUUGAUUACUUCCAAACAGACGCAGAAGAUUUUAUAUUUUUGCGGAUGGUUGAAUUGGAUAAGGUAUUUUUUGCUGAUACACCGUUGGUGGAAGAGAAAAUUCUACUGCCAUGGAUAAAGUGUGCUUUGACACUUGAAUGCAUCGAUCCCAUAGGUGCACAAUCGAAUGGUUGUAAAUACAACAAAAAACCGCAGUAUCGAUAUUCCGGCUGCCAUGCAUAUGACACAUCUGCGUUCAAUAUUGUCCUAGGAUUAACCUGGCACCUAGACGAUUCCAAAUACUCGCUGCCUGGCGAAGACAACAACAUCUUCUAUCAAGAAACUCUCGAGCAGGCUACAAAAAUUCUUGAAAACCGACGUCGCAACAGCAGUGAAUCCUCAGACCAUCCUUUUGCGGAUGAUUGAUUAAGACUUGGCUCACAUAACCACAAGAGGAAAAGAAAAUCCACUUUACGCAACAACAAGACACACAAAACUAACUAUUUACACUUAAGUCGAAAGGUUAAGUAUUAAAGAUAAUUUUAAAAAAAAUAAAAUAAAUAAAGCUAUAUAAUUAUAAAAUAAUUAUAUAAUUAUAAAAUAAUUAUAGAGGAUAAAUUAAGAUUAAAAAAAAAGAAGAAAACAAAAAAGUGAUUUAAAUUUAUUAUGCUUAGGAUUCGCAUAUUUAUUUUGUUUAUCUUAUUUUAUACUUAUAUUGUUAUUUAUUGUGAUUACAAUAUUAUUUUCUUUUUGUUUAUUAUAUUUUUUAUUUUUAUAUUAUACCUGAAUGAAUUUUGAAAUUUAAAUAAAUCUUAUUUUCUACCACUUAAUGCUUUUUACAAAUAUUAUAUUGAAGAAUGUUUUGAUCAAUCAAUCAAUAAGAAAUCGAAAGAAACAAAAAUAUCUACUUGUAAGUUUGUAAUUAAUUGGAAGUAAGUAACAAUUUAAAAACGCACGGAACCAAUCUAGAGAGAAAAAAAGAGUUAUAUUAAAUCAGAUUUUCAAAACUUCCCUUAAAAUAGAAUGUAAUGAUAACCAUGAGGCUGUAAAUAACAUUUUUUUCAAAAUAUUUUAAAAUACCUUUAAAAAAAAGGUUAGCUAUUUGUUUGCAUUUUGAUAAAAAUCAUUUUCUGUUUGAGAAUCUAGUCACAAGCUGAAGCAAAGGUCUUCUGUUUUCAUGAUCAAAACAAAGUUAUGUAUAAAACGACAGCACUAGAGAAAUAAACAUUUCAUCAUCACAUCAUAAUCAAAAAACAAAUUUUAAUUAACAAAAUAAUAACUAUAAUUAAAAAUCGAUGUAUUUAAAAACAAAAUGAAAAAGUAAAGCAGCAUAUACAUACAUUUAGUAUAGAAUAUACAUUCACUUAACAAAAUGCCAAUAUUUAUGUUAACAUAAUAAAUUUAGUCUAAAUAUUCAGAUAAAUAAAUUUUAAAACUUAAUAUACAUAAAAUAAGCAUGAAAACAAAAAUCAAAAUAUCGAAACAAAUUAUUAUAAAAUUAACCUACUUGAAUGAUUACUUCUAGAAUGAAAGAUUAAAAAUUAAAAAUAAAAAAAAGACUUAGGGAAUGGAUGAUUGGAAUAUUCAAUCGAGCUAGCAUUAACUUAACAUCACAAGUUUUGAUUAAAAAUAAAAUAAAACAAAAAUUAGUUAACAUUAAAAAUAUAAAAU